UACUUAUAGAGUUUAUACAAACUUUGACCAUUAGAUCGGCUUUUUUUGCGGCCCUUCUAAUGGCCACCCAAGUUUCUGUUCUUCAAUACCCAAAACUUUAAUUACCUUAACUCUCUAUAAAUUUACAUUCCACAGUUUUCAUUUCUCAAACACAACGACAUCUGCCCCAUUUUGUGAAAAAGGAGAAAAAUAAAAUUUAGACAACAAAAAAAAGUAAUAAUGGCUGGAGGAAUUGGUUUUGUUUUGAGUUUCAUUGCUCUUGUUUUUGUUCACCAUGCUGCCGCCCAGAAGGUGCACGUCGUCGGUGACGCUACCGGUUGGACGAUCCCACCAGAUACUACUUUCUACUCAGGAUGGGCUGAAAAAAACACUUUUGCUGUUGGCGAUUCUCUCUCAUUUAAAUUCCCGACUGGAUCACAUGAUGUACUUAAAGUAUCGAAAGAAUCCUUCGAAGCAUGCAGCACCGAUAAAGGUAUCGGCAGUCCCCUCACGACCGGCCCUGCAACCGUGAAACUCGACACCGCUGGCGAGCAUUACUUCAUUUGUUCCGUUGGUAAACACUGUUUAGGAGGUCAAAAGUUAUCCGUCACCGUGGGCGGCUCCGCCACUCCUGGUGAUGCAGCUUCUCCUCCUUCAAACUCUACUGAGGAGCCAUCGAAAACUCUAGCUCCUGCAGAUUCUCCGUCCUCGUCAGUGCCUGAGGGCGAUGAGUCUCCUGCAAAUUCUCCGUCCUCGUCAGCGCCUAACAGCAGUGAAUCUUCUGCAGAUUCACCGUCCUCAUCAGUACCCAAAGACGCUGAAUCUGCUAAAGCUCCAGCACCUUCUUCCUCUACUGCAGUGAUGGCCACUAUUUAUGUCACUUUGUCCGCCAUUGUUAUGAACUUGUUGUUCUAAAUGAGGAUUUUACAUGGCACCUUUGUUUUUCCUUUUUCAUAUUUAUUUAUAAAUGAAGGUGGGGCUGUUGAUAAUUUCUUCUAUUUAGUUUGUUUUCGAAAGUUUGUUGAGAAUGACAGACUGUGAUCAGAUUCCUUCGGUUCUGUAUUUUUUCCCAAUCUUUCUUUCCUUUUCUUUUCUUUUUUCUUUUUAAUACAUUUCGAAAAUUUUGGAA